CACUUUCCCCUCCCCUUCUUCCCCACGCCUACCCCUACCGCCCCCGACCCUGGAUCUGCUCCCCUUCUUAUCUCCUCCCAUGGGCUCCUCCUCUCGCACCUACCCUCGCCGCCUGCGCUGACCCGUGGGCCUCGCCAGUCUCCUCCCUUGCUCUCGCCGCCGCGUCCCCCUCAUAUAGCUUUCCCCUCCCCUCGUCGGCCUCGCCCGCAAACCCUAACCCUAGCAAGGCGCCGCUUCGCUCUCGCCCCCACCGCGAAGAUCUCUCUCCAAAUCCUUGGAUGCGCCCGCUCGUAUGUCUGCCUCGCCGCCUCCUUCCUCCUCCUCCUCCGAUGGGAAGCCCGCCGACGAGGACGGCGUGGAGAUUCGCGAGGUCUGGGCGGACAACGUCGACGCGGAGUUCGCCGUGAUUCGCGAGAUCAUCGACGACUACCGCUACGUCGCCAUGGACACGGAGUUCCCAGGCGUCGUGUGCCGCCCGGUGGGGGGGAACUACCGCACCAACGACGAGUACAACUACGUCACCCUCAAGGCCAACGUCGACAUGCUCAGCCUCAUCCAGCUCGGCCUCACCCUCUGCGACGAGAGCGGCGCGCUCCCGCCGCGGGGUACGGGGGGCCGCCCCUGCGCCUGGCAGUUCAACUUCCGGGGCUUCGAUCCGCGCUCUGACCCCGCCAACGCCGACUCCAUCGACCUGCUACGGAAGAGCGGGAUCGACUUCGACCGCUUCCUCGCCGAGGGCGUUGACACCGCCCGCUUUGCUGAGCUGCUCAUGUCGUCUGGCGUCGUGCUAAACGAUGACCUCCAGUGGGUCACCUUCCACAGCGGGUACGACUUCGGGUACCUGCUCAAGGCGCUCACCGCUCAGAACAUGCCCGACACCAUGUCUGGCUUCUUCGACCUCAUCAGAGUCUACUUCCCAGUGGUGUAUGACAUCAAACAUCUCAUGAGGUUCUGCGGCAGCCUCCAUGGUGGCCUCAGCAGGCUUGGAGAGCUGCUUGCUGUCGAGCGUGUUGGAACCUGCCACCAAGCUGGUUCCGACUCGCUGCUCACCCUGCAGUGCUUCAACAAGCUGAAGGACGCAUACUUCAGAGGUUCGGUGGAGAAUUAUGCUGGUGUGUUGUAUGGACUUGUUUCUGAUAGUGGGGGAGAACAGGCCUCCACCAACUCUGCUCAUUGAAUGUGUAAUGGAUAGACAAAUAAGACAAUGUUAUGAUUUAAGAAAAAUGGAAAAUCUUUCUUUGGUGAAUAUAUGUUAUCUGAUCUGAUGAUUUGCUGCA